AUGGAGACCAACGUGCUUCUGAAUCUCGUCCACGUGGCACAGGACCAGGUUUGGGUUGACAAAGUGAAUGAAACCCACAUGACAAGCCGUCUUUGCCCAUGGGUCUCGACUUUCCAUCCAGAUAAACUGCCCUGUGUACUUGAAGGUGCCUUUCACAAUGGGGCAUUUAAUGCCGGCGUGAAGAUGGUCUUCACCGACAAUUCGGCCUGGAUGGUGCGUUUCCCUCGUUUUGGGAUGGUCUGUGAAGACUACACAGACGAAAAGGUUGCCAUGGAGGUGUCGGCCCUGAAUAUCAUCCAUGAUACGACUACCAUUCCCGUUCCAAAAGUUCGGGCUUGGGGAUAUGCUAGUAGCAACAGCCUUGGUCUUGGUCCUUUUAUCAUGAUGGACUUUAUCGACGGUGUUGGCCUCAGUAGCCUUCUCCAAGACCCGAAAGCCGAGAAAUCCAGCAGAGUCGUGAGAGAAGAUAUCAGCGAUAGUGAUAUCGAGAUUAUCUACAGACAGUUAGCGAAUUUCCUGCUUCAACUUUUCAAAUUGGAUUUCGACCAGAUCGGUAGCCUGCCAUCGCCAAACACUGAAUGCCCACGCCCUACACCACCGCGGCCGUUAACAUUCAAGGCAGAGACUAUCCUACACGACGGAGGGGUCGAUACCUUCGGCGACCGAACCGAAGGGUUUGCUACAACAACCGAAUAUUUUCAAUAUGUCAUUGGACAAGAUUGGAAGCAGCUCGCGCAUCAACCAAACUCGACUGUUGGGUUUAACCAUGCUCAAACCCAAUUCGUUGCGUUCAAAGUCCUAGAAAGCUUGAUACCUGAAUUUAUCAACGAAAAAUACGACCGCGGCAAGUUCAAGCUAAUAUGCGACGACCUCGGCUUGGCAAAUUUGAUCGUUCGUGGUGCGGAAGAUCUCACUGUGGUUGGAUUGGUGGAUCUUGAGUGGUCAUAUAUUGGACCUGCUCAACUGUUUGGCUCGGCGCCGUGGUGGCUUCUCCAAGACAGGCCCAGAAACAGCGAGUGGGACUGUGACGACACAGAGUUACCUCGGAUCGGAUCUCGUUAUUGA